AUGGAUUGGAUAGAGAAGAUAACAAGAGUUAUUGCCUCGUUGCUAAGCUCUCAUGCUCCCGAGAGGUGUUUAUCUGGUAGUCCUAUGGGCAGUAGCCAUCAUCGAUCCGCAAGUGAUAGCCUAUCCAAACCUCGACCGCCUAUAAGUCAUUUGAUGAAAUGCCUAAGGCAAUUAAGGACUUGUGUCUUGCGACAUAUGGCUUCUGAGCUAAACUUAAAGAUGAGGAAAGAUGAGCUAAAUUUGAGAAAUGUUAACAAUUUGCGACCUGUGCAUGUAAUGCUAUCACAAAUGGACAUCGCAUUGGUGAGUUAUUGUGAAAAAAUAGCAGAAAACAGGGGCCCACUCACUCUGCCUGAAAAAAUUGGUGGAUCUGUUCAUGUUGCUCAAAUGGAAACAACCAUGACAAGGGAUAUUAAGCUUAAUCGUGGAAUACAUGAUGCACUUGCAUCUGAAGAGGCUUUCUUCCAAAGCCUUACAGUAGGGCCCAAUUGUGAAAAAACACCAAAAGAUGCUGCCCAACUAGCACUUAAAAAGAUGCCUUCAGCUGAGCAAGAAACCAUAUCAAUGAGUGAGUAUCAGCGAGGUGUUGGUGCUUGGAAUUUUGACCUUGAAGAUUUAAAAUUCAAAGCAUCCUUGGUGCAAGAUGAUGACGAAAUUCAAGAUAUCAGGGACCAUGAUGUAGAUUCAACUUCAUUUGCCAAUAAUGAAGCAUCCAAUUCGAAGGCUACUACUAUUGGCAAACAUUCCACAAGCAACAUUGAAUCUAGGUCGAUGUUUAUGCUGCAAGUUUUAUUUACCAAGUAUUCUUAA